CGCUCCAUAGCCGCGCCCACCGGGCAUGCAGCUGACAACCGUGCAAACGUUUCUUGGCUGCAUGGCACGGAGGUGGCGCUGAGCCUGGCUCUUCUAGUCUGGUUUUACCAGUUGCCACACGCAGGCAGCCAUGUCCGGUGAGAGCGACUUUGAGAAGACGCUCGCCUCAAUUGGAGGCAAAGAGAAGAUCUAUUUGGUGAGUGAUGCGGCAGAAAGGAAUAAAGCGAGCGAGAGCGACGCCGAUGUGGUGCGGGAGUUCAUCGACGAUUUGUUCGGCGACCGACGGCUUCUUUCUACCCUUGCUGGGGGCGAUCAACGCCACGUCUGCCCAAAGGGCUACGGCGACAAACCUCCCAAGGGGACGCCCGACAAUUUGGACUCGGGAGCCUGCCCGGGUGGCACCCAAAGAACAGUUAUCAGGCAGUCGAGCAGCUCCAGCCGCCGGAGGACCAUCGACUGCCCCGCCAUCGUGUUCCUCUUCAGGCAGACUUUCAUCAGCAGCGAGCUGUGCUUGAAGGAGGUCCUCAAGGACGUCAAGGCGCGCACCAAUCGAGCCAGCGGCACCUUACCGGCCUUGAUUGGAUUAGUGCGCAUCACCGCGGGUGAGAGCGACGAGAGCCGCCGAUGCGUCCAACGCCUGGAGAUGCUCAUCCGCAAGGUGUUCCCGCAACAUCCAGCUGACACCGUCUGGGUGGCCUCGUUCCUCCCCGGCGCGCCAGGCAGCGUGCUCGACAUCAAGAAGAACGUCUGCAGAGUGAUAGCUUGUUCCCAAACUACAGAUAUUACCGAGGAUCGCGAGAACCCGCUUUUGUGGCCCUUCCAGUGUUUGUUCAGGUCUAAUAGAGGAGGAGCCAGAGGAGCAGCCAGCAGUUCUCCUACCAGCAAGCGGAGAGGUGACUCUGGAAGUGUAGAGGAGAACAUCCCUUUGAAAAGCAAUUCCACAUCUGCUGGGUCGAAUGAACAAUCACCUGGAGCAGAUGCUUGAUGUCAUGUGACCAAGAGCCCAACACUGUGACUGUCGGGACUCUUUUGGCAAAAAGCUGGUGUCAAGAGCCUUCAGGAUAUCAAUUCGUGGUGCUCAAGUUUCUCAGUGCUAAGCCAGACAAAAGAUAAUACAGACUUGCCUUAUCAUGACAUUUAAAUGCUGCCUUGCAUGUGUACACACUUUCAAGGAAGUGUAAUAGGUUGUCACGCACAAUGUUAUUUCCAGUUGACCAAAACUACUGUAACUCGUGCAUUCCGAAUUUUGGGUUAAACUUAUUUGAGCUACUGAAGAGUGAAAUUAAUGUUGGACUUCAAAAUAGUAUCAACGUUGCUGUAUUUUUGUUGAAAAGCUAAUUUUCUUCUCGAGGCUGAAUCACUUUCUUCUUUUUCACUCAAAUUAUUUAAAACAUUAUAGUGUGCCUUAGAAUAGGCUUUUCAGAAGUAAACUAAUUUGCUCUACUGUUGUAGGUAUUUAUUAGGUUUAUAGAUUGUCUAAUACAUAUUUGAAUAAAAACAAUUCACAAUUUUG